AUCCACUAAAAUCCAACCGGCGAAGAAGAACAUGCGGAAGCAAACGGUGUGAUUGUCACGCCAACGCGGUUGCGAAAAGAGCCAGUGUGGAAAAAAAAUGGUUCAAGUCCGAAUGCUGAGAAUGUUGAUGGAGCAGCGACUGAAGGCAGUCGUGGAAGAAAUAUUUGGACUGUUUGAAAGAACCGUAGCGGAGUACGAGGAGGAACUUUCUCGAAGUAAGAAAGAGAACGAGAGACAACGCCAACUGCUGGAUCAAGCCAGGUUACAAAGUCCAGCUGUCAAAGAGGCAGCUGCGACUUUCUUGGCUCCUCCAUGGCUUCCAUCAGAGACACUGGCGGUCACCACACCCCUCCGACUUUCAGAGAACCAGCAGGAGUCAGUGAAGAGAGAAGCAAAGAUUUCCUUCGAGCAGCAGGAGUGGAGCUCGAACGUGUGGCAGGAUGAGCCACCGCCCUCCUGCGUUAAAGAGGAAGAGGAGGAGCCAUGGAAGCAGCUUCAAAUACUGGAGGAGGCCAAUGUCACUAUGUUGACGUCUGCUGCCGUCUUUAUGCGGAGUCAGGACGACAAAGACGACGAGGGUCACUCCCUUCAUCUUCAUCACAGUCAAAGUGAGGAGAACACAGGCGCCGAACCUCCAAAUCAUUGCAUGACAACAGAAGGUGUUGGAGAUGACACGUCAGAAUCUUCUGAGACGGAACUGAGUGACGAGGACAAAGAACCUUUAGAUGACGUCCAGGAGGUGUCAUCAGAGAGCCAAGAAGAGAUUCCCUCCGAGCAGCAGGAGUGGAGCUCCAGCGUUGGGCAAAAUGAGCUAGAGCCCCCACAUAUUAAAGAGGAAGGGGAUGAACUGUGGGAGCAGCUUCAAAGGUUGGAGGAGGCUAAUGAUAGAGAUGAAGCUCAGGCCUUACAGCUUGAUUACAGUCCAAGUGAAGAGAACAGAGGGGCGGAGCUUCUGACUCGACACAUAACAGCUGAUGGAGAGCAUCGUGAAGAUAUUAACUCAGAACCAGACAGCAUCUUCGCUCCACUGUCAGACUCUUCUGAGAGCAAUCAAAGUGACAACAUCCAAAAACCUUUGGAAAAUAAUAGGAACUCUGAAGAUGUUAUGAGACAUCAUGCUGACAAAAAACACUAUAAUUGUUCUGAAUGUGGGAAAUCAUUAAGACAUAAGAGUCUUUUUACAGCACACAUGAGAAUACAUACUGGAGAGAAACCUUUUGCUUGCUCAGAUUGUCCCAAAAGAUUCUCUACAAACGAUAACCUGAAAAAACACACACAUGUACAUGGAGCGGGGAAACCUUUCGCUUGCUCAGUGUGUUCAAAAAGUCUGUCUUCUCAGCGCCACCUUAAAAGACACAUGAUGAUACAUACAGGGGAGAAUCCCUUUCCUUGUUCGGUUUGUCCUAAAAGAGUUAAGACUAAAUCCCAAUUGAUAUUACACAUGAGAACACACACCGGGGAGAGACCCUUCACUUGCUCUGUGUGUAGCAAGGGGUUUACCAGUAAGGCAAGUAUGACCCAUCACAUGAAAUCACACAUGAGGGAGGAGCAAUUUACUUGCCCACUUUGUCCUAAAAGAUACACGAAAAACGCUGCUUUGAUGGCACACAUGAGAACUCACACCGGGGAGAGACCGUUUAGUUGCAACGUAUGCGGUACAAGGUUCAGAUAUAAGUAUCAGGUCAAAAGACACAAGUGUUCAGCAGACUUGGACGCUGUUGGGCAGUGUGGCUCAGGUGAUAGAGCAGUCAUCCAGAAUUUUUGAGGGUUCCUGAGAUGAAUAAAGUUUUUGCUUUUCACUUGUGUCCUUGAGCAAGACACUUUACCCACCUUGCUCCCAGUGCCACACACACUGGUGUAUGACAGUUUUGUGGCGGGACAAAACACAAUAAGUGUUUAAGUCUGCAGAGACUUAAAUAUAAUCAAACUAUGACAGUGAUUUCAGGUGGUGUUUCUCUUCUGUUUACUUCUAAAGUUGUAUUUAGAAAUUACUAAAUGUUAGUUACUUUCUUGUUUGCUCGUUGUGAAUAGACAUUGUAUCCGUUUCACUUUUUUUUAUAAAAUACAUUUUUUCCCAAUUA